UUUCUGUUGGCAUGCUUAUAAAUUUAGGAUUUUUUAAACGUUUACGUAGUUUAUUAAAGAGUUGGUUGAAGUCAUAGUUUGCCAUUUUGUUCAUCUUUUAUAAUACAAAUUUUCUUUCCAGGUAGAAGGACAAGAAAAUAAUGAGCCAUUGCCAUAGAAACACAAAGGGUUAAAGGUUUCUCUUUUCUUUUUGCUUUGGGUUUAUGUGUACUGUACUUCGUACAACUUGUAUGCUUAGAUCUUGAGAAUCUUCCACCUUACUGGAAGCAUUCAGUCCAACAUUAAAAACUGAAAAAGAAUGACUGCUUUUAACAUGCUAACUGGCAGACCAGAGCAGUUGAUUCUCGAAAUUCUGAUGUGAGGAAGUUUAGCUAAGUGAAACAAAAGCAGCUUUAAUGAUACUUUUUUAAUACUUCAAGUCUUUUUUGAUGAUUUUGGAAUAUAGGUCAGCGAAAGGGGCAGUAGUGGGCCUGAUGGAAACUUUCCUCAGGUGAGUCAGCUUGACAGGUAACUUUAGAGCACCUGUCGGUUAAAGCUCUUAAUUGGUUGCAGGUUUUUGUAAAUGAAGUGUCUCAGCCUGCAUGGAUUAAUAGGGAUAUGGAUUUUACUUGCUUAACUGUCAUUGAUAUAAACAUGUAUUGUCAGAAUUCACAGGCCCAUACUAACUGUCCUUAAUUUCUUUCCUACAGCAGUACUGCUAUAUGCCAGUCCUGUCUGCAUUCUUAAGGGUGCAGUUCAACACAUCCUGUGUAGAUAAUGGUGAAAAAGUAUCCCAAAGGAAAGUCCUAUCAAAGCUAGUGUCAGAAUGACACUGCCAAUUGGGCAUUGAUCUUCAGCAUAGAGAAAAAUGUAUUAAGAAUUUUAUUUUCUCCUCCAUAGUAAUGCUAUACUACCUGUAUAGCCCAUCGGCACGCUUAAAAGUAGUGCUUCCUUGAUAAGUUUGUUACUCUACAGCUGGGCUUCUGUAAAAAUUUUUAAAAAAUGACUUUAGAAUAAAUUCAAGGUACAGCUUAGUAUAUUUAGCGAUGUGGGAAAAAAAGUUUGCCUGUGAGUAUCCUUGUGAUGGUAAAAUGUAGUAUACUGCAAUCAACUCACAAUUUGUAAUUGUACCUUCAGAUGCAGCGGGGGGAGAAAUUGGGUGCUCUUUAAGCGAAGCCCUUUAACAUACCACCAUAAAAUACGGAUCUGGGAAUGGCUGUCCAGAUACCUCAAGUGUAUAAAAUGGUUUUUAUGAUGAAACAAUUUGAGUGAUUAUCUAGGCUUUCAAUAGUUUAUAGUCAGAUAUAGGCUUUAUCAGCUUGAACAAGGUAAUGUGUUGAUGAUAAAUAUCUUUCCAAAGUGUUACUAAUGGUAAAGAGAUAAUUUUCUAGGCUUCUAUUCUGCUGCUUGAAGUCAGAACUGCUGAUGGAGACAAAGGCACGAAAGUGAGGGAAGACACCUGACCCUAAAAUGAAUGCCAGAACAUACAUGGAUGUAAUGCGUGAGCAACAUUUAACGAAAGAAGAGAGGGAGAUUAGGCAGCAACUAGCAGAAAAGGCUAAGGCGGGUGAACUUAAAGUCGUCAAUGGUGCAGCAUCCCAGCCUCCAUCCAAACGUAAGCGGCGUUGGGAUCAGACUGCCGACCAGACUCCUGGGGCCACACCAAAGAAACUCUCGAGCUGGGAUCAAGCUGAGACCCCUGGGCAUACACCAUCACUGCGAUGGGAUGAAACGCCUGGCCGUGCAAAGGGCAGCGAGACACCUGGAGCAACCCCUGGAUCGAAAAUAUGGGAUCCAACUCCCAGUCACACACCAGCAGGAGCUGCAACGCCUGGACGCGACACACCUGGUCACGCAACCCCAGGCCAUGGAGGUGCCACUUCCAGUGCACGGAAAAAUCGAUGGGAUGAGACUCCAAAAACAGAAAGAGAUACUCCUGGUCAUGGGAGUGGUUGGGCUGAAACGCCCCGCACGGAUCGGGGUGGCGACUCCAUAGGUGAAACACCCACCCCUGGAGCAAGUAAAAGAAAAUCACGUUGGGAUGAAACACCUGCAAGCCAGAUGGGUGGAAGCACUCCCGUUUUAACUCCUGGCAAGACCCCUAUUGGCACCCCAGCCAUGAACAUGGCCACUCCCACGCCAGGUCACAUAAUGAGCAUGACUCCUGAACAGCUCCAAGCAUGGCGAUGGGAGAGAGAAAUAGAUGAGAGAAAUCGGCCCCUUUCUGAUGAAGAACUGGAUGCGAUGUUUCCGGAAGGAUACCGAGUUCUCCCUCCUCCGGCCGGUUAUGUCCCUAUUCGUACUCCAGCUCGUAAACUCACAGCAACGCCCACGCCCCUGGGGGGAAUGACUGGAUUUCACAUGCAGACUGAAGACAGGACUAUGAAGAGUGUCAAUGACCAGCCCUCGGGGAAUCUUCCUUUCCUAAAGCCAGAUGACAUACAAUACUUCGACAAAUUACUGGUUGAUGUUGAUGAAUCGACACUUAGUCCGGAAGAACAGAAAGAGAGAAAGAUUAUGAAAUUGCUUUUGAAGAUUAAAAAUGGUACUCCUCCGAUGAGAAAGGCCGCUUUGCGACAGAUUACUGAUAAAGCUCGUGAAUUUGGAGCUGGACCACUCUUCAAUCAGAUUUUACCCCUGCUGAUGUCGCCUACCCUUGAAGAUCAAGAACGCCAUUUGCUUGUCAAAGUUAUUGAUAGGAUCUUGUACAAAUUGGAUGACUUGGUUCGACCAUAUGUGCAUAAGAUUCUUGUGGUCAUUGAACCCCUGCUGAUUGAUGAAGACUACUAUGCCAGAGUGGAAGGCAGAGAAAUCAUUUCCAACUUGGCUAAGGCGGCUGGUCUGGCAACCAUGAUCUCCACCAUGCGACCUGAUAUCGACAACAUGGAUGAGUAUGUGCGUAACACAACGGCCCGAGCCUUUGCUGUUGUGGCCUCUGCUCUGGGCAUUCCUUCUCUGCUGCCCUUCUUGAAAGCCGUCUGCAAAAGCAAGAAGUCCUGGCAGGCCAGGCACACUGGCAUCAAGAUCGUGCAACAGAUUGCCAUUCUCAUGGGUUGUGCCAUUUUACCUCAUCUCCGGAGCCUGGUUGAAAUCAUUGAGCAUGGCUUGGUGGACGAGCAGCAGAAGGUCCGCACCAUCAGUGCUUUGGCUAUUGCCGCUUUAGCUGAGGCAGCCACGCCCUACGGUAUUGAGUCAUUUGACUCUGUGCUAAAGCCCCUGUGGAAGGGCAUACGUCAACACAGGGGAAAGGGUCUGGCUGCAUUUUUGAAAGCCAUUGGCUAUCUGAUUCCUCUGAUGGAUGCUGAGUAUGCCAAUUACUAUACCAGAGAAGUCAUGUUGAUCCUUAUCAGAGAGUUCCAGUCACCUGAUGAAGAAAUGAAAAAGAUUGUGUUGAAGGUGGUAAAGCAGUGUUGCGGCACAGAUGGUGUUGAAGCAAACUACAUUAAAACCGAGAUCCUUCCUCCGUUUUUCAAACACUUCUGGCAGCACAGGAUGGCACUGGACAGAAGAAAUUACAGACAGCUGGUUGACACAACUGUAGAGCUGGCCAACAAAGUUGGGGCAGCAGAAAUUAUUUCCAGGAUAGUUGAUGACCUGAAAGAUGAAGCUGAGCAGUACAGAAAAAUGGUCAUGGAGACCAUUGAGAAGAUCAUGGGGAACCUGGGUGCAGCGGACAUCGAUCACAAGCUGGAGGAGCAACUUAUUGAUGGCAUCCUGUAUGCCUUCCAAGAGCAGACCACCGAGGACUCUGUGAUGUUGAAUGGCUUCGGCACAGUGGUUAAUGCUCUUGGCAAGAGAGUCAAGCCGUACCUACCCCAGAUCUGUGGUACAGUCUUGUGGCGUCUAAACAACAAAUCGGCCAAAGUACGACAGCAGGCUGCUGAUCUGAUAUCUCGUACUGCGGUUGUCAUGAAGACGUGUCAAGAGGAAAAAUUGAUGGGGCAUUUGGGUGUGGUGUUGUAUGAAUACCUGGGUGAAGAAUAUCCUGAAGUAUUGGGCAGUAUCCUAGGAGCACUUAAAGCCAUUGUGAAUGUCAUCGGAAUGCACAAGAUGACGCCUCCAAUCAAAGACUUGCUGCCAAGGCUGACGCCUAUCUUGAAGAACAGACAUGAGAAAGUGCAGGAGAAUUGUAUCGACCUGGUUGGCCGUAUUGCUGACAGGGGAGCAGAAUAUGUUUCUGCCAGGGAGUGGAUGAGGAUCUGCUUCGAACUGCUCGAGUUGUUAAAGGCGCACAAGAAAGCUAUUCGAAGAGCAACUGUAAAUACGUUUGGUUAUAUCGCAAAAGCUAUUGGACCACACGAUGUGCUGGCAACACUGCUGAAUAAUUUGAAAGUACAAGAAAGACAAAAUCGAGUGUGCACUACAGUUGCCAUUGCUAUUGUAGCUGAAACCUGCUCCCCUUUCACAGUCCUGCCUGCACUUAUGAAUGAAUAUCGGGUUCCAGAGCUGAAUGUUCAGAAUGGUGUUUUAAAAUCUCUUUCCUUCCUCUUUGAAUAUAUUGGGGAAAUGGGAAAGGACUACAUCUAUGCUGUAACCCCGUUGCUUGAAGAUGCUUUAAUGGACAGAGACCUUGUUCAUAGGCAAACAGCCAGUGCAGUGGUACAGCACAUGUCUCUUGGGGUGUACGGCUUUGGCUGCGAAGACUCGCUGAAUCACUUGUUAAAUUAUGUGUGGCCUAAUGUGUUUGAGACGUCGCCUCAUGUUAUUCAAGCAGUCAUGGGGGCAUUGGAGGGCCUGAGGGUCGCAAUUGGACCUUGCCGAAUGUUGCAGUAUUGUUUACAGGGUUUAUUUCACCCUGCCCGAAAAGUCAGAGAUGUGUAUUGGAAGAUCUAUAACUCCAUCUAUAUCGGCUCACAGGAUGCUCUGAUAGCACAUUAUCCGCGAAUCUACAACGAUGAGAAGAACACAUACAUUCGUUACGAACUUGACUACGUCUUGUAACUUUUAUUUCUCAUUUGUUUUUGUGUUAAGUGCACAGCUGUUCCAUAAUCUUGGUUCAGAUUUGGUGAUGUACAAUUUUUAAGACGCUGCAGAUCAGCAUAGAACAGAUCGGAGGCAGAGCUUAGAAAUCCUGAAGCAUGAUUUUUAAAAAUAACAUGUCCUUGUUUAUUUUGAUGUUAAAAGCCAGUAGUGACCAAGAAGACCGUGAUUCUAGAGUACUGGGAAGAUUCUUUGUUUGGGGAUUCAUCUUGAUGAGGAUUUAGAUUUCAUUCCUUGUGUUUAAAGGGGUUGUUUAUUUGAGAAAUAAACAUUUGUGUAUAAAAUAUUAA